AUGGGCUACUCACUCAAGGACCGAAACGUGCUCGUCACGGCAGGCUCUCGUGGCCUCGGAGCUACAAUUGCGGAAAAGUUUGCAGCAGAAGGCGCAAACGUAGUGAUCAAUUAUGUAUCAAGUGAAGAUCGAGCGAAGGAGACGGAGGCAAAGAUCAACUCUCAAUAUGCGGUUAAGACCGCUAUUGUUCAGGGAGAUCUUGGAAUAAAAGAAGACUGUGUUAGAGUUGUCAAGACGGCCGUUGAAGUACUAGGUGGUCUUGAUAUUGUCAUCUCAAACGCUGGCUGGACGAAAUUUGCCCCCUUCGGCGACCUCGAUGCGUUGGAUGAGGAUGACUGGGAUAAGUGCUGGGCAGUCAAUGUCAAGGGCCACAUGCACACAUUCCGUGAAGCGCUCAAAACCUUCAACGCCAAUCCUGAUGGGGGUGCAUUCAUCAUUACGGCAUCCAUAGCGGGAUUGAUGCCUGGUGGAAGCAGCAUGCCAUAUUCAAUCACAAAAGCAGCCUUACUACACCUGACUAAAUGUCUCGCCAAGUCUCAGGGGCCUAAAGUUCGCGUUAAUGCCGUCUGUCCUGGAUUGUUGUUGACUGAAUGGGGCAGCCAGUUCUCGGAAGAAUAUAUGAAAAAUCACAUCAAUCAAACUGCACUGAAAAGAGUGGCCGAGCUAGAUGAUGCUGCAGACUUAUACAUAUCCCUCGCUAAGAACGCAUCCAUAACCGGCCAGUCAUUGGCCGUUGGUGAGUGCAUGCCAUUCUAA